AUGCUGGUGGGUGACGCCGGCCAGACCGAUACCAGCAAGGUGUCCAAGGCAAACAUCUGCCACAGGUGUUGGACUUCUCCGUCCGAAAACACCUUUGUCGGCGGCGCACCGUGCUCCGGCAGCGACACAGUCGACAUCCCGCAAAACCCGAGUUGCAAGAUGAUCAGGCAGACAUUGGUGUUUCCAUGGUGCUGGGAUGGCAAGAACCUCGACUCGCCUGACCACAAGAGCCACGUGGCCUACGGCGCCGGCAUGGGUAUCACAGGGGGCGGAAACUGCCCGGCAUCUCACCCCGUCAAGCUCCCCGUCGUCAUGUACGAGCUCAUGUGGAACGUGACCGAGUUCAGCAACCGCAACGACUGGCCGGCCGACGGCAAGCCCUUCAGGUACAGCAUGGACCUCGGCGGGAGCGCCGCCCACGGCGACUACGUCUUUGGCUGGAAGGACGACACCCUGCAGCGCGCCAUGGACAGCCGCUGCAACUUGAACCAGCCCUGUCCCCAGGCCGGCCUGACCGUCGCCCAGCCGGCCGAGUACAAUGCCUGUAAGAUGCGGCAGCAGGCGCCCGAGCCGGUGGAUGGAUGGCUCCAGGCGAUGCCCAUGGGGCAGAUGGCCAUCAAGGCUUGA